AUGUUCCGCCCUGCCCUGAGACAAGCUACGAGAAGCACCUCGGCACUUCGCCCUGCUGCGGUCCGCUCUUUCGCCUCGGCACAGAGCCCUGCCUUUAACUGGCAAGACCCUCUUGCUUCCAAGAAUCUGCUCACAGAGGAGGAGAUUGCCAUUGCCGAGACAGCAGAGAGAUACUGCCAAGAUCGCAUGCUGCCUAGAGUUUUACAGGCCUACCGCGAUGAACACUACGACCCCAAGAUUCUCGAAGAAAUGGGCGAGCUCGGUCUGCUCGGCGCCACUAUCCAGGGCUACGGCUGCGCCGGCGUGUCCAAUGUCGCCAGCGGCCUCAUCACACGAGCCGUGGAACGGGUGGACAGCGGAUACCGCUCCGGCAUGUCGGUGCAGUCAUCGCUGGUCAUGGGUGGCAUCAACGAGUUUGGCACGGCGGAGCAAAAGGAGCGCUUCCUGCCGGAGAUGGCCAAGGGCAAGCUGCUCGGCGCCUUUGGCCUGACGGAGCCCAACCAUGGCAGUGACCCCGGCAGCAUGGAGGCGGUUGCGCGCCCGCAUCCGACUAAGAAGGGCGUGUACUUGCUCAGCGGCGCCAAGACGUGGAUCACCAACAGCCCGAUUGCUGACGUGUUGAUGGUCUGGGCCAAGCUUGAGGAGACGGGCAAGAUUCGGGGCUUCCUGGUCGAGCGCAAGGACUGCCCGCCCGGCACGCUAGCAACGCCAGCUAUCAAGGAUAAGAACGGCCUGCGCGCCUCCAUAACCGGCAUGAUUCAGCUUGAUGACUGCCCUGUGCCAGUGGAAAACAUGUUUCCCGACAUUGAGGGCCUGCGUGGACCCUUCUCGUGCCUCAACAAUGCCCGCUAUGGCAUCGCGUUUGGUAUCAUGGGUGCGCUGGAGGACUGCAUCACGCGCGCGCGCACCUAUGCCUUGGAGCGCAAGCAGUUCAAGGGCAACCCGCUGGCGCGCUACCAGCUGAUCCAGAAGAAGCUGGCUGACGCCACAACGGACGCAGCCUACGGCACUCUUGCCGCUAUUCAGGUCGGUCGUCUCAAGGACGAGGGUAAGGCGACGCCCGAGAUGAUCAGCAUGGUCAAGAGGACCAACUGCGACGCCGCGCUACGCAACGCGCGCAUCCUACAGGAGAUUUUUGGUGGCAACGCCGUGUCCGACGAGUACGGCAUUGGCCGCCACGUCGCAAACCUGUUUGUCACGCAAACGUACGAGGGACAGAGUGAUAUUCACAGCCUGAUCAUAGGCAGAGCCAUUACUGGCAUCCAGGCCUUUGUUUAA